AUGAUACCCGCGGUCGUGACUACCGGCAUAGAUCGGACACAUCGUUCCAUCGAACAUAAUGCGGGUUCUAAUAUUUUCGAUGCCGCUCGAUUUUCGGGUUCCCAACAACCAGUUUCUUUGGGAGAACGUGGAACCAAGGCGCCGAGAGAAUUGCAACGACUCAAUCUAGAAUAUGAUAGACAUAGGCAUCUGUAUAGCUGGAUCGAAGAUUCAUCGGCGAUUGGUUUCAACAGGCAAAGAGAUCAGAUGCAACAAAAUCAAGUUUUACAGCAAAAACAACAUUCAAAACAUCAGCAACUCAAAAGACAUUUGUCCCAUGAUGUGGUAUCGAGUGGGGAGCAACUUCAUACGACUCAAGUUAUCGUAGAUGUGGAAAAUGCGCCUGCAAAAGACGAUUCUUCGAAACGGGCAUCAGCAUUAUCGAUAAUUAAGAAACUGUCUCCAUUUGAUGGUGGAUCAAGGAGCGAUCAUUCAAAUUCCUUGGAAUCUAAUCCCGAUCAGAAAAAAUCUAUGACCGCUUCAAGUGGAGGUAGUUCCAAGUUCAGGACAGCUAGUUCUGGGUCAAAAACAUCCCAACACGGUGGAGCUGUUACAAGCGAAGACCCUCUCGGAGAACUGAGGUGGGAUAAACCUCUACCUCUGUCAGUAUUUGUGGAAAGAUAUUCUUUGCCCAAGUUGGUCAGAAUAAAUGACAAUCCAGUGGCCGAAAUGUUGUGCAGACAUUUACCUAACCAUGCAGACGUCACCGCCAGGAUAGCGCGUGCCAGAAGUGGUAGGAACGCUGGAAGGAUACUGAGGAUACCGAAAAGUUACCAAGUAAUCGUCGAUGUGGAAAAUGCGCCUGCAAAAGACGAUUCUUCGAAACGGGCAUCAGCAUUAUCGAUAAUUAAGAAACUGUCUCCAUUUGAUGGUGGAUCAAGGAGCGACCAUUCAAAUUCCUUGGAAUCUAAUCCCGAUCAGAAAAAAUCUAUGACCGCUUCAAGUGGAGGUAGUUCCAAGUUCAGGACAGCUAGUUCUGGGUCAAAAACAUCUCAACACGGUGGUGCUGUUACAAGCGAAGACCCUCUCGGAGAACUGAGGUGGGAUAAACCUCUACCUUUGUCAGUAUUUGUAGAAAGAUAUUCUUUGCCCAAGUUGGUCAGAAUCAAUGACAAUCCAGUGGCCGAAAUGUUGUGCAGACAUUUACCUAACCAUGCUGACGUCACCGCCAGGAUAGCGCGUGCCAGAAGUGGCAGGAACGCUGGAAGGAUACUGAGGAUACCGAAAAGUUACCAAGGAUGGUUUUCCUUGGUCAGUGACAAAGGUGACGCCGUUGCAGCAGUGCACACGACGCUGAUGCAGUUGGUUCGAGAACGAGUUUACAAAUUUGUUUCAACUGAACCUUUUGCAGCCUACUCGGAAACGCUCGCAGGUCGAGCGCAAUAUAUCCGAGGAAUGGCACGAGCUGGUCAAGUCUACAGAUUAUUAGCUGUUUUCCAAGACGGGGCUGGUGAUUCCAGUAACGGAAAUAAUAAAGAUGGAAAAGGCCAAUAUGCACAACUUUUAGGAGACAAUCAACAGAUUAUUUACGUAUCACUGUCAACCAAAGGAAAAUUCUAUGAAACCUCAAGCAGUUUACCAGCGCCUGGAAAGCAGUCAAAUUUUGAUAAAGAUUGCGUUCAUAGACUACCAAAUAUUCUUCAGCAUUGUGAUUUACCUGUAAACGUGAAACUUAUAUCAGGUCCGUUACCGGACUGCAUGAGUCAAGAUUGUUCAGAUAUUCUCACAUUGCAAAGUGUAUCCUCUGAACCCAUGCUCGUCACAUGUUCUCUAACUGAAAAUCCUGAAGGCAGCGAACUGCAGUACCAGCUCACCAAGACAACAGCUAGUCCGGACGUCACAGUGUCAAGGUGUAUAGUAGGACCAGACACGGAGCAUCGAUUAUAUAAAUCUGCUUCCGCUCAAAACGUUUUAGCAUUCUGCCAGAACAAUUUGGAUUCAUGGUUCCGCAGAAUAGAGGUAGUUGAUGCCCCACCAGUCCCCGAAAAUGACAAAUACGAAAAUAUUUUGAACAAAAUCGAUGGCUUAAAACUCCUAAAAUCCGCGAGUUUUGCCAAAUUUUUACGCGGCGAUAACAAGCAUUCCCCGUCACACGAAAAGGAAGAUUCUAUCAUAUUUUUGAGUAAACACGAUUUAGAAUCGAUGGAAAGUGAUAACAUGAAGAAGAAGCAUUCGUCAGAUUAUAGUUUGGAUAAAAUGUCUUCAGAAAUUUCUAGCAAGAUGAAAGUUUUUGAACCUUCAAAAAGAACUAAAUGGUUCAAACAUUUCAGAAUAUUAAACACCAGCGAGCAAAAAGAUUACAGGCAAGAAAUUACUGAAAAAUACAGAGAAUUUGUUGAUCCUUUUGAUCCUAAUGACAAAAGUAAAUCAAUAGAAAGAUAUCAAGAUAUGGCGAAAUUGAUUGAGGAACGAUUCGGUAAAAAGUUCAGCACCCAAGAUAAAACUCCGCCCGUUAAAAACGACUCACUAAAGAAAGUUUUAACAAAAAGCAUUUCAGUGCAGACAAAUUGUCCUGAUAAUUCCUUAGACUGUUCUGAGAACGAUGAGAAUAAGUCAAUUCAGCCAGAUGUUAUUCCUUUAGAAGACUUGAAUAAAAUAGAAAAAUAUGAUGAAAUUUCUGAUAGAACUAAUUCUGGACAAAAAACUUCAUUUUUCACUGAAAAGUUAUGUGCAGAAUUCCACGUGAAAACGAAACAACUAAGUAAGUCGACUUCGAGUCUCAAUACUAUAUUGCACUUCAGCGUACCACAAAAAAUGAAUGUAAUAGAAUUAAGAAAAGAAUCUCAAUCAAGUGAAUCUAUCACUAAAGCAACAGUGCAUUUUCCAGAACACAAAACAAACGAGGAAGAAAUCAGUAAUAUUCAAAACAGAAAAUUGCCUGAAAUCGAUGACUUGCCUUACAGUACAGUGCGUGAUCGAUUGGAUAAUAAAAACCAAACCCAAAAAAUCUUUGAAGAAGAAAUCUGUCCAGAAGAUAAUGAGAAUAUUUACGCCGAGAUUUGCGGUGACAGCAUCAAUUUUGAGAACGGUCUGUUUGUUAACAAUAAUGAAAUUGACGCUAUUAUUCUUGAUACGUCUAUUGACGCAGAUCCGAUAAAUCUGAAUUCGGGUACUACUUCUUCUUCAAGUAGUGCAGGCAAAAAAAUUGUAUCAGAGAGUAGCAUCAAGAUUAAAGUCGGAUGCGAUGAAGGUUUUGUCGAUACCGAAAAUAUAACAGUCAUCGAAAGUGAUAAUUGUUAUAUGAAUGUUGUAGAAUCGAUAGAUGACACUGAAGCGUUUUACAACACUUUGAAAUAA